CUCUCGCAGUGGUUCAGUCCUCUCUCCAGCUGAUCGGCCCAGGAAUCCCCGGUGAUUCCGUCCGUCAUCGGCUUUGACGGCUCCGAUGUUUCACUCUCCCUUUAGGCUGUUUUAAUCCACUGGACUUUGUGGCCGCCCGUGUCGGCAAACUGCUCCUCGGCUGGUGCGUUUUGGAGAAACUAAGGAAGCUCUUCGCAUCUUGUUCUAACGCGGCGAGUUAAAGGCCCUAUUUUCCAUCCCCGGAUUCACCUGCUGCUACACGGAGAGCCUCAACACGGGAGACCGUCAUGGGGGACACGGGGAGCGAGGGCAGCAAGCCCCCGAGUAACGUCAACGUCGUACCCCCGCGUUGUCCGUGCGGCUUCUGGGGGUCGAGCAAAACUAUGAAUUUGUGCUCCAAAUGUUUUGCAGACAUCCACAAGGAACAGCCAGAUGGUGCCUCAAAAACUUCUUCAAGCUCCAGCACGAGCAGCAGUAGCAGCAGUCAAGCAGACGUCUUCUGCAACAAAACAAACGCAAACAUCAGUCAAGCUUUCAUAUCGAUGUCGGACGCUUCAGAAGAUCAUAUGUCUGGAGACACAGCGAUGACCUCUCUACCUGCUCAGGACGAAGUAUGCAGCACAGACACAGCCUUAAGCUCGCUCUCCACUCCAACAAAGCGCCCCUUUGAAUCAGCCUCUGAGUCAGAAAGUGACAGUUCCCCCGAGAAGCGAGCAAGAGUGGCUGAAGUGCCGGGGGCUGAGGAGUCCUCUUCAUCAUCAUUGUCGUCAUCAUCUUCUUGUUCCGCGUCGUCAUCGUCAUCCUUGGCAUCGUUGUCUCGUGGCGGCUCCAAACAGCGGAGCCGCAAACGUUGCCAUCGCUGCCAAACCAAACUGGAGCUGGUACAACAAGAGCUGGGCUCCUGUCGCUGUGGUUAUGUCUUUUGUAUGCUUCAUCGACUCCCGGAGCAACACGACUGUCUGUUUGAUCACCUGGGCCGUGGCCGCCAGGAGGCCGUCCUCAAAAUGGUCAAGCUGGACCGCAAGGUGGGCCGCUCCUGCCAGCGCAUCGGCGAAGAAUGCUCCUGAGCGCCCCCUGCCUCUCAAGAGAAUUCCUACACAUUAACCCGAGCAGGGAUGUUUUCUUUCCUCCUUUUGUACAGCGUUUCAUUGACAAGGAUGCCUGCCUGCUCUCUUUAAAUCACAUUUGUCCCAGACUCUUUGUGCUUCUGUUGGCUUGAUUGUAUCCCUGCUGCUAACACGCUUUUGGAAUACCCCAGUCCACAAACCAGAGACCCGGAGAGAGCAAGAAGGACUUUGGCACUUCCUUACACUUCGCACAUGUGAGUGGACUAACAAAUGAGCGAACGGAUGGAGAGGACGUGCAAGCUUUAUACAAAUAUUUGUCCAGGAAGCCAGUUAAAGAUGAUACCUCAAGUUAAAAAAAAAAACAAAAAAAAUCUUUAUGACAAUGAUGAUGAAGAGGAGGAGGAUGAGGGCAUCGUUUUUUUUAGCCUCGUUACCUCAAGAUAAUACCCAUCCAGAUUCAGAAGGGAGACACACAAACAUACCACUUGGAGUCAGUGUCUUAACCUGUGACGAUCUUCACCAACUUGUUCAUUAUCCACCUCAGGAUUCAGAUAGCACUAUCUGGAAGUUUCCGCCAUCUGUUUUUCUUCCAUCCAGGAAGUUUUCACUGAGGAUAAACAAGAACGGAUCAACAUUGGAUUUUUUGACUGACACAAAACACAAAUGAGAAAAUAUGAGGAGAUACAUGUUUUUCAUUAAAGUUAUCGUCGCUGUCUAAUAAAAAUAUAUAGUAAACCCCUUUAUAUUUAGAGACCACCGCGAACAUCCAUUAAACACAAAUAAUCAAGACCUUGAUUUAAGCUACGCCGGCUUGCUUCUCUCCCUCAGAAACCCCUGUUACCUUGAUGUUAACAUUCUCCGAUUUUGGAUCAACAUUUGCAAUAAAAGUGGCUGUUGUAAUUAUUACAGAGAUUCCGCGGGUCAUUAAAAAGUGUUAAAAAAGUCAAUAAAUGGAUUUUGCGAAAAUUAAUGUCUUAGAACAACAAUAAACACGAUGUCUCGAGGCAUUAAAAAAAUCAUACAAUUACAAAUGCCAUCAAAAAAGACAACAAAACAAACUACCCAAUUGGGAAACAAACUGCACUUCAAGAUGUUCAAUAUUUAUUGAAAUGCUAAUUUUUGCUAAAAUUUAGAGCUCAUUUUAUUUUAUUUUGUUUACUUAUUUAGGAUAACUAAGUUAUUUACGUUCCAACUACAUAAAAAGUAUGUUCAUUGCGUUCGAAAGGGUUACUUUCUUUGUUAUUACCGUAAUUUCCGGACUAUGAGCCGCACCUGACUAUAAACCGCACCAGCUAAAUUUAGGGGAAAAUACAGAUUGCUCCAUAUAUAAGCCGCACCCGACUAUAAGCCGCAGGGUUUUGAUGUGUAAUUAACCGUAGUAUAUAGGGGUUCCUGCUACCACGGAGGGGAUUGUCGGGACAGAGAUGACUGUUUGGGAACGCAAAGCGUCCCAUUUAUUAACAAUAAAUCUUUCAAUCAUUCAAUCAAACUUUCACAUCUUUGACAUGGCGAACAGCAUUCGUGCAGAGUACAAAUAAUACAACGGUGCAGAGUAAUACAAAGUGCUCGCCUGUACGUUAUCAAAAUAACCAGCCUACCGGUAUAUGAAAAGUCAGUCUUUAAUCAUUGUGUCAUCGUCUUCCUCCUGCGUACUAAAACCACCGAAAUCCUCUUCGUCUGUGUCGGAGAAGAACAGGCCGCAAAUAAGCCGCACCGUUGUAUAAGCCGCAGGGACCAGAACGAGGGGAAAAAGUAGCGGCUUAUAGUCCGGAAAUUCCGGUAUAUAUUUUGAUUACGUUAGUGCUGAAGUUGGCCACAGUCAAUCAACUUUUCAGCAUGAUUGUCAAAUGCUUACAAUUUUGUCUUUACAGACAAUUGUAAGCUUUUGACUAUAUAACAACGAUCUGCAGUCAGACAUCGUGGGAAUUGAAAUUGAUUUAAAUUGCAUUAAAACAUAUUAAAGUAGAUUGUUGAUACCUGUUAUUAGUUUCAAAACCGUUGCCGUUCCUUCAAUUGCCAUUGUUCCCUGGUGACAAAGGAAGCUAGAUAACUAAAUGCACAGAAGCACAAUCCAGACUUUAAAUAUGCCUCACACUUAAUUUAACACAUUUUAAAAAGUAAAAUGUAUAGAUACUCUCUACUAAUUAAUGAUAAUAAAAGAUGAUCGAUGUUGCAGAUGGAAUUGGUGUCACGGUCUAGCCUCUUGCCCAAUCGCCAGGCGGGCGCUACAACCGACCUUCUGCCGCCGUCUCCCUCUAAAGCGACUCGCAAUGGUACUGUAUUUAAUCUCAGUCAGAACUUUUGUCAUAUUUGAAUCUAAGUUCCCCUCGCAGCAGCAUUUAAAGAAACAGUUACAAAGUUGACUAUUGAAGUUUGUCCUUCUGUAGACAUAGAGGGUGCCGCCAUCUUCCACUGACCUUGUUACAGCCCACAUGUGUGUUUAAUUAUCACAUAAUUAUAAUGUACUGCCAACUUAGAGUGAAUCAGAUGUCUUCUGUAAAAAUUUUUUUUUUUUUUUUUUAAAACCAAAAAACAAAUCUGUUGGGAUACAAAUGCUGGAUCCCGAAUAUGCAAGUUCCACUGUAUCUUCCAAUGUUUGAGUGUUUCAAAAAACCAAAAACUAUGAGAUGAUGCAUGUUUCUAAUUGGACAGCGAUGAUACAUCCAGUUUUGCAUUUUCCCUCCUUGUCACAUUUCCCCCCUAUGUUUACGCAUGUGGACUGUUUUGUUGUUGUUGUUCUUUGUUUGACGACAUUCUGCAUUGUACACAUCACACAGCAUAUUGAUACUUCUGUAAAUACACACAUUGCCGCGACAUGGACUCGAGCUGAGAUGUUUGCACUCAGCAGUUGGUGGUGGGUUACAUUUAUUUUUUAACUUAAGUUAUCCAUAUUUUUAAAGGUGAUAUCUAUCACUAGAUGCAAUCAUGGCUUUCCUUUCCUCCUCCUUCAGGUACUUAAUCGAUCCUUGACAUUUGCCAAUGUUUUAAUUCCAAGCUAAUCAUGACUAUGACACCUGUUCCAUUCUAAUGGAUUGCUUGUUUUCUCCUGUGUUACUCGCCCUUGUGGCUGCCUAUCCUCUCUAAGAUGACAUGAGCAGUGAAUAAAUAAAGAAUUAUAAGUAUUUCUAUAUGUUAAUUGUAGAUUGAUUAAACAAGAUCUUAAUGGUAAAUAAAUCAUUUAUUUAACCUUUGUUUUGCCUUCUCCGGUUGACUUACACUUAAGUGUAGAGCUAUGUUAUUCUGUUGUGUUACGUUAUACUUAUUACCGAGGGAUUAACAACACAUACAAAUUUGGUAUAUUUUUGUGUUGUCAUGGUUUUGAAUUUUCCUUUCAUCCUGCUUUUUUUUUUCUCCUUUUACUGAGAAUAAAACCAGA